GGAAACGGGACGUGGAUUUUGUUAUGGGGCGGAAAUGGAAUGUAAUGGCGUACCGGUGUAUUAGCAUUGGAAGUUGACAUUUCUGCAUUUCCUGAACUGCAAGCCAUGGCAGAGACAGCAGGUUUAACCAGUUAGGUGGAUACAUUGUAGUGUUGCUGAGAAAAUAUGCAAACUAGAUAAUGUUAGAUACUGCAUACGAACUGCCUAGCUCAGUACAAUUAGUAACCGCUAGUUAGCUAACUUGUUCACGGGUAAAAAUGACUGUAUUUGAAAAAAUAUAAUAUAGACAUAGAAUCAGCCAAGGGUAGAAGUGAGAUCUGCUACUCCUAACUAUUUUUCAAAAUUUCAUUAUCUAAAAUUAUCGUUCACUUGAUAUGUUAACCAAACCUGUACUUGCCAGUUAAAUUUUGCAGUUAGCUAGCUAGCAAUGAAAUGAGUGAGUUCAGCUUGCUAGCCACAUCAAAAAAUGUUCUUGAAAUAACACAUCAUAACACACGUAGGCUCAGUAUUCACGGCAUACCUAACAAUACGCAGACUACGUGGAAAACGAGAACACAUAUCAUUUAAAAGUACAGCAGCUGAGUUAAGUGGGUUUACGUCGGUCAUAAAAAUAAACACGUUGGCCCUUGUUUCGGAAAUGACGUAAUUGUAAUAAACACGACUUCCGUGGAAUUCGUGUGUUUACCCGCGAAAUAUUUCAUAAAGGUCACGUUUAUAAAGAAAUAAACAGUAAUAGUAAUAUUUAUUUUAUAACAAUCCAAUUGGUACAUUUUCUGUUAUAUAUUAUAUUAAUAAAUUGGUCAUUUUUAAAAUAUAUAUCUACUUAUCCAGUGCGCAAACACCCUUGAUUUACAGGUGGGAACUCAUUUCCCCCCCUUUUUUAAUGGAAAUCAAUUACUAUUAGCUUCUGAGAUAAUACAAAAUAUGUAGCUAGCUAAAAGAGAACAUGUACAGUUUAGCAUACCACCUAGCUAGAUAACGUACAUAAAUGAGGCCAUUUAUAAUUUCGCAAGAAAGCAACUCUCACCAACAGUGGUAUCCUAACGUGUUCAUAACGUGCGUGAUCUAGAGAGGGGAAAGAUCACACGGACUGUGUAAACUACAACGUGUCAGUAACAAACGUUAAGUGAGGUAUAGAGGGGCAGUGGCUAGUUUAAUGACUGGCUGUAAUAAAAUGUUGUUUAGGCGUUCCCUGAUACUCUCGAUGCCACGUCAAAUUACGGAAACGGGAGGCGGAUUUUGUUAUGGGGCGGAGAUGGAGAUAGUAGUAACGUAUCCUUGUCUUUAUGAGAAGCGAGAGAAAGUUCACCAAGUGACCAUCGAAACCUGCGCUGAAGAUCUCGCCCUGUGAACAUGGACCUUGAUAGACUGGAAGAGAGGCUUGCAGAGGCGGGCCAGUCUCACCUCCUCAGGUUCUGGGAUCAGCUCAGCCCAGAGGAGCAAGCAGAGUUGGCGCAUGAGUUGGAGGGCAUGAACUUCAUAGAGAUCAAUACGUUCUUUAAAAAUGCCGUGGCGACCUCUGGCCAGGCCAAGCAGGAGCAGGUAGACAGCAGAAUGGAGCCAUUGCCACGGGAGGUCCUGGGCAGCGUGACACGUGAUCGAGAGUCCCUCAAAGAAUGGGAGGCAGAAGGCCUUCGUUGCAUAUCUCAGAACAAAGUGGCCGUUCUGCUGUUGGCCGGAGGCCAGGGGACACGCCUGGGUGUCUCAUACCCCAAAGGCAUGUAUGAUGUGGGCUUGCCCUCCCACAAAACCCUCUUUCAGCUCCAAGCAGAAAGGAUCCUGAGACUGGAGCAACUCGUCGAGCAGCAGCAGCAUGUGAACCAGUGCUGCAUUCCAUGGUACAUUAUGACAAGUGGCAGAACAAUGGAAUCCACUAAAGAGUUCUUCUCAAAACACAAGUACUUUGGCCUUAAAGAAGAGAACGUCAUAUUCUUCCAGCAAGGCAUGCUUCCGGCCAUGGACUUCAGUGGAAAGAUCAUUCUUGAGAGCAAAGGCAAACUGUCCCUGGCACCAGAUGGCAAUGGAGGCCUUUACAGAGCGCUGGGGAAACAUAAGAUUGUGGAGGACAUGGAGAGGAGGGGAAUUGCCUAUGUCCAUGUCUACUGUGUGGACAACAUCCUGGUGAAAGUGGCAGACCCAGCCUUCAUUGGCCUUUGUUUGCUUAAGGGGGCAGACUGUGGGGCAAAGGUAGUGGAGAAGACCAAUCCAACAGAGACAGUGGGUGUGGUCUGUAAGGUAAGCGGGCAUUACCAAGUCGUUGAGUACAGCGAAAUCACCCUGGCAACGGCUGAGAAGCGGAGCACUGAUGGUCGGCUUAUGUUCAAUGCUGCCAAUUUGGCCAAUCAUUUUUUCUCUCUUCCAUACCUCAAAGAUGUUAUCAAUGCAUAUGAGCCCCAGUUGCUGUACCAUGUGGCCCAGAAGAAAAUCCCGUAUGUGGACACGCAAGGACAGCUCAUCAACCCUGACAAACCCAAUGGAAUCAAGAUGGAAAAAUUCGUCUUUGACAUAUUCCAGUUUGCAAAGAGAUUUGUGGUGUAUGAGGUGCUGCGAGAGGAUGAGUUUGCUCCGCUGAAGAAGGCAGACAGUCAGGAUGGAAAGGAUAACCCCACCACAGCACGGCAUGCUCUUAUGUCCCUCCACCACCGCUGGGUCCUCAAUGCGGGUGGUCACUUCAUCGACGAGAAUGGGACACGCCUGCCUGCUAUACCCAGACGAGGACCAGCAGGGGCACACUCACACGAUGACAGCCAGAAUCUGAAGGAUGGCAUGGACCUGCAAAUUAAAUGUGAGAUUUCUCCACUGGUGUCUUAUGGAGGAGAGGGACUGGAAAAGCUAGUGCAUGGCAGAGAAUUCCAACCUACUCUGAUCAUUGACGAGAGUGGAAUCCAUGAGAAUGUGAAAAAUGGAUUGUGAUAAUGAAAGCAACAUGGGAAAAGCACCCGUUCAUCUCUCUUCUUAUUAGGUUGGGAGAUUAGGUUGUGUCAGUCUUGUGUGAUAACAUGAAGGAGAAGGACCUCUUGAGGCCUGGUGGGAUUUAAGCUAUUUAUUUUGUUAAAAUUUAUUUGUACAGAAAAGAUUUUUUUGUAGAAGGGAAACAUACAUGGUAACUAGUGAUUUAUAUCUAUGUAUACACCAUAGGAAUGAAUGUAACAUAAUAGAGCAGUAGAUGGGUUCAUCUGUCUUUGUGGCAUGUGCUAGAUGGUGCUUUAAAUGGGCUUUCCCACUCUGACUUUGCUUUUGCUCACGUUAGAUUUGUUCCAGGACACUGAAUGAAAUUCAAGGACAGGAUUUGCUCAGUGCUUUUUUCCAACUCUUUCAAAUAAUGCUUUUAUGCAAACUGCUACAUAGUGCUCACACAAGAAAGGAAAACCUUAGUUCAUGGAAGGAGUACACUAGUUGAUCAAUUCUGUGGUCUUGAAUGAUUUUUGGUUUUCUGUCAAGAGUAGACAGAGCACUUGUAAUAUUAGACCUACUGUAUCAUCCAGUGUAAUCAAUAUUUUCAAAAAUAAAUAAAUUGUUUACCAAAAAA